GAGCGGGCAGCGCUGAACGGGAGCGGGCCCGCGGGGCUGCAGGGUCUGGGAGCCCGGGAUGCGGGCUGGGGAGACGAGAGGCUCAGGCCUACCUCUUCGGCUCACCCGGCGGGGAGGCGGGAGCUGGAGGAGCCGCAGACAGGCGCGGGGGUCUUAGUGAGGCCCGCCUGGGGGAGGCCUGGUUGUGGAGCCCCCUGGAGCUGAGAUCAGGAUGUUCCGCUUCAUGAGGGAUGUGGAGCCUGAGGAUCCCAUGUUCCUGAUGGAUCCAUUUGCUAUUCACCGUCAGCAUAUGAGCCGUAUGUUGUCAGGUGGCUUUGGAUAUAGCCCCUUCCUCAGCAUCACAGAUGGCAACAUGCCAGGGACCAGGCCUGCCAGCCGCAGGAUGCAGCAGGCUGGAGCUGUCUCCCCCUUUGGGAUGCUGGGAAUGUCGGGUGGUUUCAUGGACAUGUUUGGGAUGAUGAAUGACAUGAUUGGAAACAUGGAACACAUGACAGCUGGAGGCAAUUGCCAGACCUUCUCAUCUUCCACUGUCAUCUCCUACUCCAAUACGGGUGAUGGCGCCCCCAAGGUUUACCAAGAGACAUCAGAGAUGCGCUCGGCACCAGGCGGGAUCCGGGAGACACGGAGGACUGUUCGGGAUUCAGACAGUGGACUGGAGCAGAUGUCCAUCGGGCAUCACAUCCGGGACAGGGCCCACAUCCUCCAGCGCUCCCGAAACCAUCGCACGGGGGACCAGGAGGAGCGGCAGGACUAUAUCAACCUGGAUGAGAGUGAGGCCGCAGCGUUUGACGACGAGUGGCGGCGGGAGACGUCCCGAUUCCGGCAGCAGCGCCCCCUGGAGUUUCGGCGGCUUGAGUCCUCAGGGGCGGGGGGACGAAGGGCGGAGGGGCCUCCCCGCUUGGCCAUCCAGGGACCUGAGGACUCCCCUUCCCGACAGUCCCGCCGCUAUGACUGGUGAGGGCCCCGGGCCCUCAGCCUCUCUUGUACAGGCUGAGAGGCUGAGAAAUCAUCCCCUGAAUAACUUUUUCCUCUCUGAUUCCCAUCCCCAAUUUAAUAUUAAAUUAACAGGCAAGCCGGCCCCCACCUCUCCCUGGGGGUCUCAGGGAGAACCUUUCCCUACUUUUUCCUUCUUUAAUCCCCUUACCAUGAUGACUUCGCCUCUGCAUCUACUAACUUGAUUUUUCAUUCUGCUGCUCCAUCUUCAAACCCCCUCACCUUUCCCAUUCUACUCCUGCCAUGCAUUGAAGGGUCUUUUGGGGUGAGCUCUGGGUUUAGGGGCCUCCUCCAUCCCUCAGCUACCCUGGAUCUUUGCCCACCUCUUCCUCAGAGCCCCCACUGAGGGGCCGUAGCCCUGUCUAGGGCUGUGGAAGGAGCAGACUGGUUCCCAACUCUUUCUCCCUACUCCUGCCCACACACAUCACCAGAAUCUUCCCUAAACCCUUCCCUGCCUUUAUUUUUUGAUUUGUGCAACUUGUAACUAGGUGUUUAUGGAAUAAAGGAGAAUAGAAAAAAGA